UGAGAUCGAUACGAAGAGCGGCGAAGCGGCUCCACGAAAACGGCUGAUAGUGCAUGAGAGUGCCCGCCCUUGUUUAUGUGUGUAUCUCGUGCUUUAUAGUGUUACUACGAGCAGUGUGAGCUGAGGCAAUUUCGCUCUUCCUUGUAUACAGUGUUUUUCACUGCGGACUGUAUGUGCGUACGCAGGUUAGCCGUCAGCUGACGGUAACAGCAAGGCAACCGGGUCGGGUUGCAUUACGCUACAAGAGGUGAGGAACAAUGGUGAAGGCAGCAGUGAGCCUCAUCCUCUUCAGGGUGGGGAUUCCAAUUGUAUUGCUCCUAGGGGUUCUGUUUCGCUACAAUGCAUUCUCCUUGCUGUACUUCAUGCUACUUCUGGCCAACCCUCACCUUCCAAGUCCUGGAGCCUGUACUUCAUCAAGGCAUAGUCGUUCAAGUAGGGGCUACCUGCGCAUUGUCGUUCUGGUUAGUGCAGCGGUAUGCUUGUGCCAGUUGAUCUACCAAGUGGUGCUGCUGUCAACACAUGGCUAUGGAGACCAGAAAGUGGAUCCCUGCUCGAGCCGAGAGCGAGUGUUAGCCCUUAUAGGGUUGCAUCGAGCUGAUGAAGGAUUCAGCUUUCCCCAGGGACUGCGCCUCAUUGGCAUUGAUGGGCUCAUCCUUGUCAUCGCUCUCAUUACCAUGCUUAUGACAAGCAAACUAGUGUUCGAAGAAGUACCAUCGCCUGGUGGACGUGGCCGGGUGUUCCUCCUGUUCAUCGGAGAGCUGAUGACUUUGGUUCUGAUGGCAGCAGCCGGAGUGCUGUAUGCAUCGCUGCUGUCACUGGCCUACUUCCUCUGCUUCCUGGCACUGGCUACAUGGCUAUCUCUGCGUGGUGAACAUCAUCACUUUUACUUGGGACGCUGUCUGCUUCUCGUAUACAGUUUCCUGCACCUUCUCCUACUUUACGGCUACCAGUUCGAUUUUGCCCAAGAUUUGCUCCGACCAGAGUUGCUAACAGCCAGGUUACUAGGGCUGCCUCCAUUACGAGAGAGUGUUUGUGAAGCAGGUGGUGCAUCUGAGAACGACGUCAGAUCCUUGCGUUUCCGGCCACUUCACUGGACACUUUACAUGGGUCCACUUAGUAUCUUAGCUUUUUACUGGAUGUUGGCCAUAGUUACGCACUACAGACUUCGUGUACCAGUUGUGGCUGGCGAGAAGCGUCCCCGGAGCAGUACGGGCAGUAUGGUUGGCAGCACCAGUGGCGGAGGAUGGGGUUCCGAGGCAGUAGCAGCUGCUUCCAGGCGUGCGUCUAUGACUCAGCCACCAUCAGCGUUGUCCUACACGAGGAGGCGCCGGCGAGACAGUGGGCUGCUCCAGCACGACCACGUUGGGCGUUCGUAUCAAGCCAUGGGGCAGAGCAAAGAUGACCAAGCUCCUAAAAGCCCUUGGAACUCACCCGACGGUGCUCCACUACCCCAUCUUGGAGAUGGUGACCACGGAGCGCAGGCUUGUCAACCAAACGUUGGCUUUGGCAUGCGGGAAGCCUUAUUGGUGCUCCUGCAAGUCGUUCACCUGCUCACCAGGGGCAGUUACGUGGUGACCUUGAUCAUCAUGAUGGCUUGGAGCAUAACAUACCACUCGUGGCUCACGUUUAUCCUUCUAUUCUGGUCUUGCAUAGUAUGGAUGAUGCCUAGCUCACGUGCUGCAUGCCUACGGUCUUCUCCAGCACUUGUCGCAUAUGCAGAGGCUCUAUUGCUUCUCCAGUACCUAUACAGCUUGGACUUGCGUGACGACGAACUUCCGCAGAAGGUGCAUGCAGUAAACUUAGCCCAAAUUGGACUUGUCAAGUACCACCAUGAUUCUUAUCAACCCUUGGCUGUUAAGAUCCUCUAUUCUGUGAUGUUUUGGAUCACGCUGCGACAGUACGUCGAGUACAAACGAUCUGCUGAUUGCACUCCUCAAGUGGUUGCCAUAGAAACUGAAUUGGCACAUCCUCAGGAAACUGCUUCCCCUGAAAUAGUAGCCAUGGAGCCAUUUGCAGCACGUUACCACCCAGGUGUGCAUGCCAGCCGACAGAUGAGUGUGACUGUUGCAGCAGUGGUCGGAGCACAAGCAAGCUUGCGCCGCCUUGGAGCAUUGCUCCACCGCUUCCUCACUCAUUACUGGAUAUGGGUGGUAGCUUCCAUGCUGAUGGUUAUUUCCCUGGGAGGAUCGGAUGUUGUCCUGUACCGUAUCGCUUACAUGUUCCUCUUCCUCUUCUUCAUACUCAUGUUUCAGUUUUCAUAUGAGCUGUGGAUACGUGUAAUGUAUGGCUUCUGGCUAACGGUGAUCAUCUACUCCAUGCUGGUACUUGUCCUCAUCUACACGUAUCAGUUCGAGAAUUUCCCGAGCUACUGGACUAACUACCUAGGUGUGCCACAAGAGAUACAGAAGGACAUAGGCUUGGAAGUUUACCAGAGUGACCCUGGUACUCUGUUCCUCAAGCUGCUCACUCCAACGUUCUUCCUAGUCAUCACUAUCAUUCAGCUCCACUACUUCCACCAGGAGUUUGUGAAACUAAAUCAACACAUCUACAGUUCAAGGAGGAGCACAGAAGACGUUUCCUCUCGUGGGACAUACCUAGAUGCUCCCGAAGACAGGGUAGCUGAUGAAGGCAGUGUGCACGUCGAUCUCCCAGAUACCGAGCAGCAGCAGCAACAGCAGCAGCAGACUGAUGAUGAGGAGGAGGAGGAAGCACCAACGCCUGAAACUGUGUUGUCGCGUCCUCCAAGUAGAGUGCAGGAAGAAGCUGCACAAGAAUCCCAUAUAUGGUGGUCAAUGGAACGCAUUGGCCAGUUCAUGAGCUCGGUACUGGAAGUGGUGUGGCGUCUUCUCGAGAUUCACAUGAUAAAAAUAGUGUUAUUCUCUGUCAUGUGUCUCUCCAUCUACGAUGUGUGCGCUGUCCACGUUGUGUUUGUGGCUCUAGUGGUGGUGGCACUACCCCUACGUGGCCUCCAAACAUUCCUGUGCCACUGCUGUUCCUUAUGGGCUUCCGCAUUGCUUCUUGCAAAGAUGAUAUAUCAGUUGGGAUUCGUAGACACAUAUGGCUGGGAAACCAAUUGCACACAUGUGCAGGGUCUAGGCAAUGCCACCAAGUUUCCAUUUCCAUUCAACCAGACCAUUGAUAAUCGAGUUUGGGUUGGCUUUGAGAAAACUUCCCAUCUUACGUCGUACUGCAAGGGUUACAUAGGCCUGAUUGUAGUCUUCUCAGCAUAUGCUAUAGUUCGUUAUCGUCAGCGCUUCCAUCGGCUUAAACUUGGCCUUCCAGAGCCUAGCCCAGGAGUCGUAUUCCCUUUAGCCAAUCGUGGCAAUGCCGACCAGGGCCUUGGAGAAUGUCUGCAGUUCCUUGUAAAUUAUUUCUUCUAUAAGUUUGGUGUUGAGGUAUGCUUUGUCACAAUGGUGGCAUGCAUUGGAGUGCGACUUGACGUAUUCUCUCUGGUGACUGCACUGUGGCUGUGUGCCUUGUUCUUGUUGCGCCGUCAACAUCUCAGUUGUGCAUGGCCCUUUUAUGUCACAUAUCUGUGCAUCGUCUUGCCCUUGCAGUACCUCAUGGCUAUGGGAUUGCCUCCAGGACUCUGCAUUGAAUACCCAUGGUGGGAGCCUUCAAACAAAGUUCUUACAGAAACAGCCAUUUGGCUCUACCUACCAAACUUUGAGAACCCUCCCACUGCUGCGAAAAUACUAGUGGAUUUCUUUCAGCUCGUGUUUGCCUGCUGUCAGCUUUAUGUAUUUGCUUUGGAGAAGGGAGGAAAUUCAGGUGGUGGGUCCAAUGAGGAGAUCUACAAUGGCAGGGGACAUUUCACUGGAGAGUCUCCAAACCCAAUACCCGACUUCACCAGUUAUAAUAAGACGUACUUGUCCAACAUGCAGGUGCUGCUAUUCUUCUCUUUCUAUUGGGUGACACUUGCCGUCAUGUUCCUGGCUGGGACCAAUCGAGUGUCCCUAUUUGCAAUGGGCUAUGUUCUAGGAUGCUUCUUCUUCCUCUGGAAUGGCAACGAGUUCUACCUGAAACCCAUGCAGCGUCUUCUUAGAAUGUGGAACACACUGUUGGCUUAUAAUGUGGUCGUAAUACUCAUCAAGUGCAUCCUUCAGGUUGUUGGCUGUGUUUUCCUUGAUUACCUGGAAUGUUGGAUGGUUCAACUGCUUGGCAUAGCAUGUCUCAAGAAACUGGAGCAACGUAGUGCAUUUGCAUCAACUCCAACGGAGUACUCCAUGUUGUGUUGCAUUCAACGCAUCAACAUGUGCCGCUGGAAAGACUUCAAUGGCUGUCCUCAAGCACACACAGUGGGAAAAUCAGCAACAGACCCCGAAAAAUGCGGUGCACCCAUGGAUGAGGCUGGCCUCCUUUGGGAUGGCAUCUGUCUUGCCUUCCUUUUAGUCCAGAAGAGGAUUUUCAUGUCCUACUACUUCCAACACCUCAUUAUUGAGGUUUUGGCACAGCAAAGCCUUGCAUCACGUGGUGCAGAGAUGAUUCACGAGAUACAGUGCAAAGAGGUCCAACACCAGCGGGCGGUGGAGCGUGACAUAAUGGAGAAGAUCAAAUGCAAAAUGGACAAGAUUCGUGCCACUCAACAAAAGAUGCGUACAGGUGGUAGUGCAGAGCCAGAGACACACUACCAAGCCAUUCGUUCGGGCGACUAUUACCUCUUCGAAGAUUCACCAGGGGCCGAUACACUUGAUCUGGACCUUGAUGUGAAGGGACAUUCUCCUUCAGAUGAAGAUGCAGAUGUUAAAGUUCGAGGACUCAAUGCCCUCCUGAGCAAUGCAAUAAAGGCGGGGACAGUCCGACGAGCUACUGAGGAUCAGCAUGGUGCUGAAGAUGAUACGGAAGAUGUCGGGGAGUCAAGCUGCUUAUCACCCAUUGUCAGUGCUGACAGAUCUCUUAGCCGUACAGUUUCUGGGGCAUCACAGCCCUCAAAGUCUUCCGGGCACCAAGAGACAGAAAUGCCAUCUACAAGUGUGCUAGUCUCACCAGACGAUCAAGAUGCAGAAGGUACUGUCACCGAGGGAAUAACAGAGCAAAGUCCUCCAUUGGAAGAAGGUUUCAUGGAUAAAGUACGUGGCUACCUUACUUUUGCCCUCGCCCUGAUGGACAGCCUGCUGAUCAGUGCUACAGCAAAGCUAAAUUCUGUGUCCCGAGACUACCGCUACGUGGCUAAGCGCCUCGCAAGGGAGAAACGUGGUGUUAAAGGGCAGUUUGCAAAUGGACUGGUUGGAGACCUAGAGGAAGCCCUGGUUCGGAGCAAAGCUAUGCAGGGCUCACAACCCCUUGAAAUCGACCAUGUGACAAACUCUGGCACCAAGAGCUGUGACGAGCUGCUUCUCACCGACAGUGGAAAUGGUGCUGAUGGUGGUCGUGAAGAUGACUUUGCCCAAGAACGUCCAUCAGCUGUCCGUUUCUUAGCAGCGUGUUACUACGCGCUGGUCUCCCGAUCGGAAGUUGUGUGCUACCUAGUGAUUGUCGUCAACCAAAUGAAGAGUGCCAGCCUUCUGUCUCUACCCCUUCCUCUGAUGGCUUUCUUGUGGGGAUCACUAUCAGUUCCUCGCCCAACCAAACUGUUCUGGGUCACGAUUAUAACCUACACUGAGGCAAUUGUUGUCAUCAAGUAUCUGUUCCAGUUUGACUUAUUUGGCUGGAACAAGGAGGAUGCCCGGUCUGGCCCUUUUGACCCUCCUAGGCUGUUGGGCAUCGAGAGGCGCACUGACGACUCUGAUUAUGCCCUGUAUGACCUGCUUUUGCUGCUGAUGGUGUUCUUCCAUCGGUUCAUGUUGAAGAGCCUGGGUCUCUGGAAGGACACUCAGCGCAGUGUCACCGGUCAAGAGGAGGACACAUCGGCAGACAAAGCAGAUGUCAAGCCGUCAAAUGACAAACAAGUUGUUACAGAUGAGAAGCCCGUGGAAGGAAUGCCUGCUACAAUUGCUGCAGCUGAGAGUGGAUUAGAGCUGGCAGGCCUAGGAACCCUUCCAGUCCAAGAUUGUGAUUAUUCUGGCGAUGAUACGGGUGACGCAGACCAAGUGAGAGAGCAGAGCACUGUUGGGGAAAGCUUCAUGUACUUAAGCAAGAUAUUUGAAGGGAUUAACCGGUACCUGGAACCAUUUCGCAACUUCUUCGACAACCUCCUUCAUCCCGUAUAUCGUGUGACUACUGAUGUCUAUGCCUACAUGUUCUUCUGUGACUUCAUAAACUUCUUUAUUAUGGUCUUUGGGUACUGGGCCUUUGGCACUGGUGGCUCUGAGGACGGUGUGGCUUCCUACUUCAAGAGGAAUGAGGUUCCAAUCCCAUUUCUGAUCAUGUUAUUGGCACAGUUUGCAUUGAUUGUCAUUGAUCGUGCGCUGUAUCUCCGGAAGUAUAUCCUGGGCAAGCUCGUGUUCCAGAUUUUUAUGGUGCUUGUGAUCCACAUAUGGAUGUUUUUUGUACUGCCGGCCAUCUCGCACCGUGGCUUUGUUGAGGACAAGAACCUACCUCCAAAGCUGUGGUACUUCAUCAAGUGCAUCUACCUCAUUCUAUCUGCAUAUCAGAUCCGUUCGGGGUACCCGACACGUAUCUUGGGCAACUUCUUCUGCAAGAAAUACAACUACAUUAACUACUUUCUCUUCAAAGGGUACAUGCUGGUGCCAUUUCUGUAUGAAUUGCGUUCCCUCAUGGACUGGAUCUGGACAGACACAAGCAUGAACUUGAGCAACUGGCUGAAGAUGGAGGACAUCUUCGCCAACGUGUUUCUUCUCAAGUGCCUACGUCGUGCUGAAGAAGAGUACCCCACGCCUAGGGGGUCUUGUCGCUCCUCUUUAACUAAGUACGGCUUGGGAGGCCUCCUCUUGUUUGCCAUCAUCCUGAUCAUCUGGUUCCCACUUCUGCUGUUCUCUCUUGGAAACACGGUUGGCCGGUCUCUGUUACCCUCGGAUGUUACCCUGGAAUUGAAUAUAGGAGGAUAUCAGCCCCUAUUCAGAAUUAAUGUGCAGCAGGGAGCUAUAAAGCCUCUACCAUAUGACAGCUGGCGCUUACUCCAGGCACAAUACAAGAACAGCGCUGGUGCGCUAGCCUUCCUGGCCAACUAUGACGCUGCAGACGUCGCUGUCAUCAGCAUCAAUGGCAAUUCGACAGCGGUGUGGUCCAUUAGCCCGCCAAGCCAGGAGGCCCUUAUCCGUGAGCUCAACCAAACGAGUGUUGCGCUCCAUCUACGAUGGCAGUUCACCAGAGACAUUGAAGAUGUCAAGGAGUUUGAACGGACACAUGGCGAUGAAAAAGUGGUGACUCUUGCUGACUCUGCACUGCGCCGGGAUCUUGCCAUGAUGCUGUCUGGUGACGCGGAAGUCGGAGGCGUGACUGUGCCCCCCAUCCUGCCCAAAUACCUAUUGGUAUCACGUGCUGGAAGGGUGGAUGUAGUUCGCGCUCUCGAUGGCGAGAUGUAUCGAAACUUAACAUUGCGUCUGCACACUGGAUCCUUCCAAAACUUAAGUGGCCUCUCGGAGUGGUGGCAGGUGCAAGGCAGCUGCUCGGAGAACUAUCCGUACCCAUUCCUGCCAGACACGGAUCCGAGUUACUGUUCUUACCUGAACAUCAUAGUGUUUUGUGACAAGGUGUUUCCACAGGCACUGUCCCUACUUUCAGGAUAUGGCAUCGUAGGACUGUACACUACAUUCGUGCUUGUGGCAUCUCGUCUGAUGCGUGGUUUCAUGGCGGGCACCUCGUUCACCAUCAUGUUUGACGAUAUGCCCUACGUGGACAGAGUGCUGCAGCUGUGCCUCGACAUCUACUUGGUGCGUGAGAGCCGGGAGUUAGCCCUCGAGGAAGACCUCUUUGCCAAGCUCAUCUUCCUCUACCGUUCUCCAGAGACUCUAAUCAAAUGGACUCGUCCUACACACCCCCAACCCAGGAUUCAGUGACAGCAAACUUAAAGUUAAUAAUGUCUCGUACUUAAGAGAUUUACACCUAGCCUUGUGUCUACAUAUUCAUUGAACUGCAGGCCAGUGUCAAUACUAUAGCACGAUGUGGAAAUGUUGCAAAUUCUCUGCGAAAGAUUUCCAUGUACUCGGUAGUUUCUUAGCUGCGUUAAAGUAGACAUCGAGUAAUUUCCUAUCAAUGCUGACACCGAGCAUCUUCCACUUGCAAUACUAGAAAGAAGCAAAUUUUGCACUAGCAGUAAACUUCUAUUGAACAUGUGCCAGCAUAUAACAAAUGAGAUUACAGAAAGGUGAAUUAACCGUUCAUAAACGUAAUAGCUCUUCCUUCAGAUGCUGUAUGUGAACCAUUUGUACUGGGAAACACGUCCUGAAAUGGUAGUGUGAACGUGCUAUAGGAACUUGAAAUCUUGCGUAGUAGGCAACAGAAUUAUAGUACAUAGAUUAAAAAUCGUAUGAAUUUGGAGAAACGAGACACAAAUGAGUGUGAACGUCUAUCUGCAGUAUAAUAUACUGACCUCCAUAGAAGUGUUAUCAGUUUUUCAGGCUGUGAUUUUACUCCUUGGUAUGCAAACACACUAUUUUUCAGGAAGCAGAAGGGAAUGCAGUACAGUUGGGGGUUAAUAUGUCAAGACAGUAUGUGUGGCAAUACUGAAAUCGAAUUAUACAUCAAUAUGUGAACACACCUUUUACAAAUUGUUGCAAAGUUGAGUGAGUGCAAGCUUUUCUUUUUCCCCGAUGCUAAAAGCGUGCGUCACAUUUGAAGAUUCUGCCUCUAGUCAUAUGGCUUCACUUCAUGUCUAAUACAGAGAAUGUCUAUUACGCUCUUUGAGAACAAAGAAAUAGGAUGUGCCUGGUGACACAACAUGAACUGUACAAUAUCUUGUAUAUAGAAUGCAAGAGUGUGUAUGUUGCACUAACAUCCCAGGCUUUCAAAAGUGCCUGGUAGAAACAAAGUACUGAAUCGGAGUGACAACUAUAAGGGCCGCAUUCAAGGAAACAUUUUUAACACUGCAGGUAAAGUUUUAUAUUUUAUAUUUUUACAUUGUGCCACAUCAUGGCUAUCUGUAGAAGCUGUUAGAGUUGGCAUCACAUUAAAACCAGUGCCAAAGAGGCAAAUUAUUUGCAUACAUCCAUGCGCAGUCUCUGUCACCGCAUUUAUUUGUUGCGGAGUCUGUGCAGACGAUGGUAGCUUCUUGCCUUCUUUGGUGGCACAGGACCUAUCAGCUGUUGUAAUUGUGUUCAGUUAUGGUUAAUAAUCGAGUGAUGUACUAGGGGUAUCAUAUGUAGGCAAAGUUGAUCAUUUUGGCAUCAUAGUGCUGGUAGAGUAUUGAGGGGUACCCUACAUAUGUAUAUUCUCCCAUGGCCUUACAGACUUGAGGCCUUUUCUGGUAGUCUUUCACCACACCUACUUCUCUAGUUGAUGAAAAUUGCAAAUAUUUUGAUGUCUUGAUGAGAACGUCCUGGUUGCAGUGUCUUACAGAAAUGGUGGUUUUUAUGGUGGUAGUCUGGUCAGCAUUGCUAAUAGCCUGUGCAAUACCAUCCAUCGAGAUAUCCGCAAGUUGCAUUGAAGUGUUCAAAGUACCCGCUGGCCUUAUUCCUGACAUUUAUGGUUGAAGGAGUUUUUGAGAAGUUUAAGCCGAAUUUUCUGCGGCCUUCUUAUUUUCUGGGUGCCUUUGAUUUCAUGGAGUCUUCUAGUGCCUCAUGUUCUGUAAAAGAUGUCUCCAUGUGUAAUGCAUAAAUGUGUUUUGAAAGCUGGUA